CUCCAAUUGGCUGUGGUGGCCCGGCCCGGUAUCCGGGUAAGAUGGCCGCAGUCGGAGAGUGCUCGCUCCCCGCUCCGUGGCGGCCGGUCUCCCUCACUCACGUCGAGUAUCCCGCAGGUGAUUUCUCUGGUCAGCUUUUAGCUUAUUUGAGUCUUGGUCCAAUAUUCAUUAUUGUUGGCUUUGUAACACUCAUCAUAUUCAAGAGAGAGCUUCACACGAUCUCUUUCUUGGGAGGGCUGGCUUUCAACGAGGGAGUGAACUGGUUAAUAAAAAAUGUUAUCCGGGAGCCACGGCCCUGUGAAGAAGCCCAUUCAACAGUGACCACAAAAUAUGGGAUGCCGUCCAGCCACUCCCAGUUCAUGUGGUUUUUCUCUGUCUAUUCAUUUCUGUUCCUUUAUUUAAGAAUGCACCAAACAAACAAUGCGAGGUUUCUGGAUUUACUAUGGCGACAUGUGCUGUCCAUCUGCCUCGUCACAGUGGCUUUGCUAGUCUCAUAUAGUAGGGUUUAUUUGCUUUACCACACCUGGAGCCAAGUCUUAUAUGGAGGUGUGGCAGGAAGCGUUAUGGCCAUAGCCUGGUUUGCCUUCACACAAGAGAUACUAACUCCUCUCUUCCCAAGGAUAGCUGCAUGGCCCAUUUCAGAGUUCUUUUUAAUCCGAGACACCAGCCUCAUUCCUAACAUCCUGUGGUUUGAAUAUACAGUCACAAGAGCAGAAGCAAGAAACAGACAGCGCAAGCUGGGUACGAAGCUCCAGUGACUCAGGAGGCGUGGGGACCAGAGCGUGCGUUUUAACAGAGACAGACAAGAGCAGAGACCUGGGAGCAGCAAGGAGCCUUUUAACAGACGGACCAAAGGAACAGGCAGGGACCAUACCCAAAACCUGAAAGCCUUUGCUCUGCUUUAGCAGCUAGCUGGAUGCUCCCUGAUGCAUGUGGGACCGUGCAGGAGUAGAAACUCAUUUUCAACACAGAUGCACAUUGCCGGUUGGAAUGUACCAUCAUGUCUACGUCAGGGGAAGGGGGUGAAAAUGCCUGGUGUCAUGUUUGGGGGAGGGAAAACCAAAAAUGAAUCAUUUCUGUGUACUUUUUUCUUUUUUUUUUUUUCUUUAGCAUGAAAUAUACACACUAUUUAUUUAUUUUUUUUUAAAUGCAGCUAUUGUUUUUGGGGUGGGAGAGGCCUUGUGUGUUUUGUUUUUUGCUUUUUUGUUUGGGGUUUUUCAUUUUGGAAGAAGAUGACAAAACUAAUCUCCAGUUGAUCAUGGUUAAUUAGAGCUUUUAGUUUUUAAACAUUUCUCAGGAGGGAGGGGAACUGAGAUGGCGUGACCGAGGUAGAAGGAAGAUUUCUUCCCUUUCUACAACCAGCCUGGGUGAUCAAAAUCAAUUCCAACUGCACUUUGUACAGAUAGAAAGUACUAAAGCUUUGAAUUUUUUUUUUAAACUACUAGUGAUGAUUCAGUGGGGAAGCCUGCACGGAUUCUGUUAAGGGGAGUGUGUGUGUAAAACAAAGGAAAACUGAAAUACACUGAUUUUUUUUUAUUUUUAUUUUUUUUUCACUGCUGCUCCUGGUGUGUAAUUAGCAAGGGUGUCUUUCUCAGAAUCUCUUCUAGGUGGCAAGGUUACCAUACGUAUCUCAUGUUUAUUUCAUCUCUUUCUUUAUUCUUUUAUUACCUCAGGGUUGUUGGGAUCUGUACAGCGUCUGUUGUUGUACUUGGUGUGCUACUGAUGGCACUAGAAACCCAUUGGUUGUAAGCAAUGCUAUGCUCCAGUAAGAGUCAGCCCAAAGCCUUACGAAAUUCAGUUGCUAGUUUCUGUCUUAAGCACUGGAUUUUUUUAUUUUAUUUUAUUUUUUUUGUAAAAAGAGAAGGAUUUUAAAGAUGAACAAAACGACAACUGUAGACAAAUAAGGUGAACAACUAAUAGCUAGCUCAGCUGCUGUGUGAAUUUUUAAAGAGUCCUGUUGGAAUCCAAUUGUGAACUCAAGUGGUGAACUUAUUCUAGCAGAUCCUCCUGCCAGUUUUCAUGGUGGGUUGCUCGGGGUUCAGCAGGAGUAACCUUGAAUACCAAACUCCUACAAACAAGUUUUGUUUUCCAUCCUUCUUCCAUUGGAUUCUUUGUUUGGCUAGUCAGCUCUCUGGGUGCUGUGUCUCUGUGGGAGUGUGCCUGCCAUCUGUGUGUGCUGGUGAUGCCUACGACUUCAGCCAUCCAUGAGUUAACCUGGCAAGGGCUAUACUCAACGUGCUUCAGGGCUGUGCAUGGACACUUUCUGUAUUUCUAGUAUAUAAUGCAGCAGUUCAAGUGCAAGUACAGAGAAAUAUUUAUUCAAAGCACAACUGACUUGAACUUUCACAGAUAAAGGACAGCUUCUGGCUCAAAGGUCACUCGGUGUGCCUUCGAUGCAGUCAUGUGAGCAGAGGUAAAAUGACUGUCACAUCUCAGUCUUGCUGCCUGUUUUAAUAUCUUCACUUUAAACAGACUCCUGCAUUAUAAAGCUGCUUGAAGUGAGAUGUUUCUGUUCAUCGUGAUUUUUUUAAUUUUUAUUUUUUUUAAGUUUUCAUCUGUGCCUGUUGCCAUAGGAGUUUGUGUGUUUGUAUGGAGUGGGAGUUGGCUGCUGUAGAAACUGUUGGACAACCAGAGUAUUAACUGUAGAGUAGAAAGAAGCAAUCCUGAUUUAGUUCAGGAAUGAAGCCAUUUAAAUUUCUCUGUUUAGGUAGCUUUGUGUAGUGAACUAAUUGUUUUUCAGUUGCAUUGAGUCAGGAUUCAGAGCUGUUCUAACUUUCUGCUAACACGAGCAGUCCUGUUUCUCUUACAACCGAAGGACCUGAGCACUAGAUCUGCUUUGAAAGUGCACCCAAAUGAAGAGGCAUCUUAGAGCUUUCAUGAGAACAUGGAAUUGGACUUGCUCUAUUAAAGUUAGGAUCACGUAAGCCUUGUAACAUAGUGGUAUCUUAGGAAUGAGUCUGAAAGCUGGUACUGAUCACUUAUGACUUACUGUUUUAUUUUUUCCUUGCAUCACUUAGAAGUUAACUUAAAAAGUCAGAAGGGGGAUCGCAGGUUCUUCCCUAAGGAAAAGGCUGAAAAGUGCUUAAGGAGUGGAUAGCACUUCUUCAGUUUCUUGUAAGCUGGAAGCCAGCUGGCAAAACUGUGUGGAAGCAGCAGUUGAACUAGAGAAGGGAUUACAUGUCCUCAUGGAGAGCAGUACUGGGUACAAAGCUGUUCCUCUUCAUGUUGCCUUCAAACCCAAGCUUCCUGCACUAAUGCUUAGGAGUGUGACAGGGAGGAGAAGAGCUCUCGUAAGACACUGUAAUAGACUGUGUUCUGUGAUUUGUUUGUAAUCUGCAUCUUCCACCUUGCUGUACCUUUCUAGAAGUCUUUGCAAUAUUUGAUGGUAGAAAUUUGUUAGCAAUCCCAUGGAUUUUCUUAACUAAAUGGUGCUGUGCAGGAAAAAGAUUCAAGCUCUGCCUUACUCUAAACUUGUAUGAAGUCUCCUGCCACUAGUUUUCUGAAACAAAAAUAUUUCCUUUGGAAUACAUGGCUUUGCAAGCAGAUGCUUUCAAGUUCCUCCCCUGUACUCAAGGGCUGGAUGGAGAUUCUAAGACAAUAAAAGGAAGGUGACAGAACAUCAUGGUUCACUGUUCUUGCUGUCCCCACUUGUGAACAUUCUCCUGUAAGGGCAGUACUGUAAAUUCUGCAGUAUUGAAGGAGAUUGAAGUAUUUUCGUAGCAUUUACUUGUUUAUUGUGUUUCAGUUUAUUCGAAGAACACUUCAAAACUGCACGACAUGAAUUACAUUAUCAAAACAGAACUUAAUGCAGCUAACCAGCAAAGCAUGCAAACACUACCAGGCUGUAUCAUAAAUUGCACUUAAACCCCAGGAGUUUGUUGAAUGUUCUCAGUCUAUGCGUUUCUUUAUUUGCUCCAAAUCAGUAGUUUUCCCAGAAGUUAUGUUUUUCGUACUGAAUGCAUCUUUAAGACUAUCAACAUCUCUCACUAAAGCAAUCAGACAAUCAACAACAGAGAGGAGAA